UUAUUUUUAGCCUGUGGCGUCGUCGCCGCUCCGACGACGCCGAUAAAAACUUUUUUUUCUGGCCGAGAUUGUUAGGGUUCUCGAUCGGAAAUCGAAGAUAUCACUCUUCCGCGAGUGGAAUCCAGGGGCAGACAGCCGUCUUCUCUCUGUCUCUUCAAUCUGUCUUCGUUUGUUGGGGAAUCUGCGGAGUGUUGCCUCUGGUUCCCGUAAUUGCUUCUCCGAGUAAUCUCCGAUGAUUUGCCGAUCGGUUUGUUGCGGCGCGAUGACCUUUCGGGCGCAGGACGCUGAGGGUGUCGUCGUCCUUGUGACGGGGCUGGGGGCGGAGGAUGCUAUUGGGGAUUAUGUUAGGUUGGGCGACGCUGAUGCCGGAUCCCGUGGAAGUAAGUGGAGUUCGAUUUGGUGGUGGCUGAGGGUGGUUCUCUUGUGUGUUUUCUUGUGUGCGGCCGCUGUGCCUCUCGUCAUCUUCGUUGGCCCCUUGAUCAUCAGAAAGGUAAUUGUACCAGUGUUGAACUGGGAAACGAGAACAUUUAGUAGAUCUGUCCUGGUGCUGUUACUUUUUGCUUCUAUUGCCUUAUUUCCAACUUUCUUGUUACCUUCAUCGCCUUGCAUGUGGAUAGCUGGGAUGACUUUUGGCUAUGGUUAUGGCUUUCUUCUAAUUAUGGUUGGGAGCCUUAUAGGGAUGUCGCUGCCUUUUUUUGUUGGAUCAUUUUUCCGUCAUGAUCUACAUAGAUGGUUAGAGAAAUGGCCCAAGAAAGCAGCCAUUAUAAGAUUGGCUGGUGAAGGAGAUUGGUUUCAUCAAUUUCGAGCUGUUGUUUUGCUGAGGAUUUCACCAUUCCCUUAUCUUAUAUUUAAUUAUGCAGCCGUUGCAGCAAAUAUUAAGUAUGGACCAUAUAUAUCAGGUUCAGCUGUAGGAACUGUGCAUGAGAUCUUUAUAACAAUUUACAGCGGUAGACUGAUUCAGAGCUUAGCGGAUGCAACAAAUACUGGAGUUUUCCUUUCGAUGCAGCAGAUCGUCUAUGAUGCCAUUGGAUUCUGUGUUGCAGCAGCGGCUACUGCAGCUAUUACGAUCUAUGCCAAGAGAACUCUUCGAACACUUCAAGCAGAAGAUGAGCUGAGCUGAGCUGAACUGAGCUGAGCCAGUCACUGUAAAUACAAGUCCGUUCCUUCGCGCAAGCAUAUCCUGUGGUCUCAAACAGGGUGAUCUUACAUUGCACGGCCAUCACUGCUGCUCAAACAAUUGCAGACCUUACAGAAUCAUACUUCAUUAGUUGUUUAUCUUCAGAGCCAGUUGACAUUUUGUAAAUGCUAUACUGUUGUCAAUUCAUUUAUUGUGCCUGAGAUUGAAAGGAUGUUGGUUAAAGAAAAUUUAUUUUUUGCCUCUUUAAGAAUUUGCAAACAAUAUUUAUUUGAACACUAUUGUUGGUUUAAUUUGGAUAA